AUGUCUUCAGCUGCAACAACGUCAACAACGGCGUAUCAACAAAGACCGAAAACACUGACGCGAACCUCACCUAGAAAAGCCGCGAGAGGUUUCAUCGGCACAGCUUCCACGCCGAACCUCAGCGCUCUCUACUCCGCCCAGGCCGGCAUUAGCAAUAGCAGUAGCAACAGAUUAGCUUCCGGCGCUGCAGGCCUCCUUGCGCGCAAAGCGUCACAAGCUGCACUGACCCCCAGCUCCCUUGCUGCUAUACCUGAUGACAGCGACAACUACCCCUUCCUGUCUGUUCUAAACGACGAGAGCCCGACCAAGAUGCCACCCAUGACGCCAGGCAGGGCUUCUGUCGCCCACGAUGACUUUGAUGUUGGCGACAUUGUCGAUGUGCCCGGCGGCAUGCAUGGAACGGUCCGUUUUGUUGGUUCCGUCGCCGGGAAGAAGGGCACAUUUGCUGGAGUUGAGCUACACCCAGAUUUCGCUGCACGCGGGAAGAACAAUGGAGACGUUGACGGAAUUUCUUAUUUCACCACGUCGCAACCAGAUGCCGGUAUUUUCGUACCCGUAACGAAACUAUUCAAGCGAAAUUCUGCCACGUCUGGCGGUUUGCACCCCAACACUCCGAGUGCACUGAGAGCUACCAACCAGAAUACUGUCAACUACACUCCUCCUACUCCGUCGCUACCCAAGUUCAGCCAAUCGGUCGGGCCGGGAAGGGUAGCAAGCCCGACUGGCAGAAAAUCUAGGAUAUCUCUGCCGCGACCCGAAUCUCCAGUCCGAAAGCUGCAACUCAGUCCAGCCCCUCGCGCUUCCGCCACAACGCCAGUACCAAAAGCAGUCCCGUCACGAUAUGGCACUCCUUCGAUCGGAAAGUUCUCAGCAAGUAUGCGCGGCACCGGUGGCGACCCGGCGAAGCCUCCAUCCAGGCUAGACUAUCGAAAACCCAGUAUUGUGCCGCGCAGUGUUUCUGCUCUUGACCAGGUUGGGCCACAACACUCCGACGAGGAUGAGAUUACACCCAUCGUCAACAGAAGCCAGACAAAUGGAAGCAUUGGCUCUAUUAAUAGCUUGAGGAUGCGCUCCGCCUCUCGUGCUGCCGCUGUGGACGAAGAGGAGAUGGAGCGACUCCGGGCUCAACUUGCAGACCGAGACAUGCAGCUGAAGGAACAAGCGUCUGCGCUUGCGGAGAUGGAAAGCAGUGUGCAGGAACUCACAUCACUGAUGGAGAAUGCAGAUGUCAGUCAGCUGCAGCGCGAUAUCCAUGAUGAUAAGGACACCACGCAGCUUCGGGCAUUAUUGAGAGAGAAGAACGAAAAGAUCGCCAUUCUUACUGGCGAAUUUGACGUGCAUCGCGCAGAUUUCCGCAGCACGAUCGAUACCCUAGAAAUGGCCAGCACCGAGACCCAAAGAGUAUAUGAUGCAAGAAUUCAGGAGCUGGAACAAGAAAUUCGCGAGCUACAAGAGCGAAACGAUGACGUCGAAAGCGUUGCCCGGCAGCUUAAGCAGCUGGAAGAGCUUGUUCAGGAGCUUGAGGAAGGCCUCGAGGAUGCCCGAAGAGGCGAAGCAGAGGCACGUGGAGAAGUCGAGUUUCUACGAGGGGAGGUUGAGAGGACACGGGCCGAGCUCAGGAAAGAGCGGGAGAAGUCAUCUGCCGCCCUCAAUGGCAGCCCGAAUGGUGAUGCUGUAUCGUCCACCAAGGAGCUGGAGAAGAAAGACGAUGAGAUUAGAGGUCUCAAGGCGAUCAUUCAUUCUCUUAGCAGAGACGGCGUGUCUGGGAAUGAUACCGCUGAUCGGGCUUCGGGACAAUUCCGAGGCAGUAAUGAAUUUGGUAAACCCAGGACAGAAUCAUUCGAGGCACGCCAAAAGAGAGAGCAAGAACUCAACGAGCUCCGGGCCCUAGUCGACACCAAGAACUCACGUGAGGAGGAGCUUGAACGAGAGCUUGAGGCACUGCGCCGGAACAGCGCCACUACACACCGCGGCAGUGCCAUGACGUUGGACAGCAGCAGCCGCAACUCAUAUCGUGACUCUAAAGGCACUGUUAUCCUGGCUCGCGAUGCACCAGAGCCCAAGCACAAACGUGUGCCCACCAUGGACACCAUGGCCGAGAGCGAUGCAUAUUCCUCUGUCACUGAGAGUAGCACUCUUUGGUGCGAGAUAUGUGAGACCGGUGGCCACGAUAUCUUGACAUGUUCCAACAUGUUUGGCAACCAGGAUCAAGGCAAAACCAGUCCCGACGUUGCAAAGGCCGGGAACGAUACGAUGCACGAGAACUCGGCAAGCCUCCAGGUUCCCGGGCCUGAAGUUGACGUCAUGCCCCGUCCCCUGACACCGGUAAAAUCGACGCCGGCUACCCAUCCGCCGCCGGCCAACGUCCAGAUCCUACCAAAUCCCACAGACUCUGGGCCAUUGGCUGGCAAGGACAGUGGCGUCGUCGAUAUCGAAAAGUGGUGUGCACUUUGCGAGAGGGAUGGACACGACAGCAUCGACUGUCCGUUGGAGGAUGCAUUCUAG